AUGCGCAUCUCUAGCAGCUCCUCGUUUCUUCUUGCCAGCCUCGCUGUGUCUUCAUCCUCUAGUUCGUUAUCCGCGAUGGCUGCCCCGGUGGGCGAACCCAACUCGCGAACGUCUGCCGUAGAGAUUGGUCCAACCUUGCUGCAUCAGUCUUUCCCAUCGUCAAACGAUAUCGCGGAUCUUGAGUCUCGCGAUCUCGAGGAGCGCCUGGACCUCGCGACUCCACUGAAGCCUCUCCCUCUUGUGGGUGGUCCGCUCUCGGACUUGCUCACUAGCAUUGGCCUCGGCCCUUCGGAGACAGCGUCCCAAGAAGACAUCGGGGCAGCUAUGCAGGAAAUGGAAGAAGAGAUUAUGAACGAGAUGCAGGCUGCGUUCGGCGAGGCCAGUUUGGCAGCUGUCCCAGAAGACCUGAACGAGACGCUAUUUGGGACGGAAGGUAGUUCAGAUGAUGCGAGCGAUAGCAGCCUCUCGAAUCAAGCACUCGACGACCUGCCACCCCUUCCUUCCGGUAUCACACCACCACCCGGCAUCUCUCACGCGGCCUUCCUUGUCGAGCAAGCGCUGAGCGGGGUUCCUCUCCCCUCAGGUGCUGUCCCGCCUCAGGCCGUCGUCAGCAAGAUUCCUCAACGUCGACGCCCGACGGAUCCAACCAAGCCCCCGCCUCGCCGUCAAUUAGGGCAUGAGGGCAGUGGACAGGCAGCCUCACCACUGCUGCCGUCUCCAUGGUCGCCGGAUCCGACGGUUCACCGUUUCAGUGCAACGCCCAGCGCAACCCGGAGCGCUACGCCAAGCGCAACCUUUGGCGCCGCCGGGUUCGCCCCGUCUUCAGCCAGCCCACACAACGCUUCGCAUUCGGCUCGGCCUACGGCAACCUUCCCGCUCUCUUUCGUUCAUCCGUCGGGAACGUCUUCUAGUGCUUGGCCAGAUGCGACCGGUCUAGCUUUCCAGGUUGCUACGACAUCGCCCAGCUCUGACAGCAAGGACGGGCGUCCUUGGUGGAGUCCGAGUAGGCGCGCGUCUCAGAGCUCGCGCGUACGUGCAGUCUACGAAGCAGUGGCAGCGGACGGUCUGGCAUCGCCGAACCUCCCAGCACAGCCGCCCAACACCCCGAUGCCGCCUUACUCUGACGAGUCAUAG